AUGAAGCUGUCAAGUGCAAUCACCGUGGUUUUGGCCAACCGGGCAUUUGCUGGCUACCACAAAUCCCAAAUUGAUUAUAACUCGGCUCCUCCGAACCUUUCAACUUUGGCAAAUGCAUCUCUUUUCGAAACAUGGAGACCCAGAGCCCAUCUCCUCCCUCCAUCUGGGAAGCUAGGUGACCCGUGCGGGCAGUACACCGAUCCCAAGACCGGUCUAUUCCAUGUGGGCUGGCUUCAUGAUGGAAUUUCAGGAGCUACAACGGAUGAUCUCGCUACCUAUAAAGACCUCAAUCCCAAUGGGGGCCCGUCAAUUAUCGCGGGAGGGAAGAAUGACCCUCUUGCUGUUUUCGACGGCUCCGUCAUCCCAAGCGGUAUCGACGGCAUGCCAACUCUUCUAUAUACAUCUGUAUCAUAUCUCCCAAUCCACUGGUCUAUCCCUUACACCCGGGGAAGCGAGACACAAUCCUUGGCCGUUUCCUAUGAUGGUGGACGCAACUUCACCAAGGUCAACCAAGGCCCGGUGAUCCCCUCACCUCCGUUUGCUGUCAAUGUCACCGCUUUCCGUGAUCCCUACGCUUUCCAGAGCCCAGCCCUAGACACGGCUGUCAACGGCACCCAAGGAACCUGGUAUACCGCCAUUUCUGGCGGUGUCCACGGUGUGGGACCUUGCCAGUUUCUCUACCGUCAGCAUGACGCGGAUUUCCAAUAUUGGGAAUAUCUCGGGCAAUGGUGGAAUGAGCCCGUCAAUACAACUUGGGGAAAUGGUGACUGGGCCGGCGGAUGGGGCUUCAAUUUUGAGGUUGGCAAUGUCUUCAGCCUGAAUGCAGACGGGUACAGUGAGGACGGCGAAGUCUUCAUGACCCUCGGUACUGAGAGUUCUGAAGUUCCUAUCGUUCCCCAAGUGUCUUCAAUUCAUGAUAUGUUGUGGGUAGCAGGAAAUGUCACAAAUAAUGGCUCCGUUUCCUUCAACCCAACUAUGGCGGGUGUGCUUGACUGGGGUUUGUCGGCGUAUGCUGCUGCGGGCAAGAUCUUGCCAGCAAGCUCUCAGGCAGCUGUGAAGAGUGGUGCUCCCGAUCGUUUCAUUUCCUACAUCUGGCUCACUGGAGAUCUAUAUGAGCUGUCGAAAGGAUUCCCUACGGCUCAACAGAACUGGACAGGCACUCUCUUGCUGCCGCGGGAGCUGAAUGUUCGCACUAUUCCCAACGUGGUUGAUAACAAGCUUGCCCGUGAGUCCUUGACAUCGUGGCGUGUGGCUCGCGAGGGACAUGGUCAAAUUGACCUCGAAACCAUGGGAAUCUCGAUUGCUAGGGAAACUCACAGCGCUCUCACGUCCGGCUCAUCCUCUGUGGAGUCUGGUCAAACGCUAUCGAAGGCUGGGUCGGUGGCAUUCAACGCCUCACCCUCCACCAAGUUCUUCGUUCUGACAGCGAACAUUUCUUUCCCAGCCUCUGCUCGCAACUCCGGUAUUCAAUCUGGCUUCCAGAUACUGUCAUCCAAUAUUGAAUCUACAACUAUCUAUUACCAAUUUUCUAACGAGUCCAUCAUCGUUGACCGCAGCAACACAAGUGCUGCGGCGAAAACGACUGAUGGAAUUAGCAGUGCCAACGAGGUGGGCCGUCUCCGGCUCUUUGACGUCUUCAAAAAUGGACAAGAACAAAUCGAGACGUUGGAACUUACCGUCGUUGUGGAUAAUGGGGUUCUUGAAAUAUAUGCCAAUGGACGGUUUGCUCUAAGCACUUGGGCUCGGUACGUUUAUCUUAUUUCUAAAAGAUUGGACAAUAACUAA